AUGUCACAACAGAAUGAUCAACAAAAUCAAUCGCCAAAUUCAAAUUUGUCUAAUUCACAAACCGCUAAUGCAAAUAAUAAUACAACGAACGAUCAAUUUUCAAAUUUUCAGAAGAGUUCACAACAAACACAACAGACUACGGCACAAAAUCAACAGUCAUCACCGCAACAACCACAAACAUCACAAACUGUUACAACCCCUCAACUACAGCCAGCUACAAGUCAACCAUCACAAGUUUCAGUUACUGUACCAGUACGGCCUGUAAGUGUUUCUACAAAAGGUGGGAAUGCAAAGAAAAAAACCGGUGGAAACAAAAAGGCGGGUGGGUCACGUCCCAAAACCGCAUCAACAGAGAAAAAUGAUGAAAUGUUGCCUCAAGCUUUGUCUCAAAUGGCAACCGAUUAUUAUAACCAGGCUACUCAGCAUGGAGGACAAAACACACCAGAAGGUCAGAUAUAUCUCAAAAAGUAUAUGGAUACGGUACAAGCUUUGGAACAGCAUCAGCGAAACAAUCAACAUGCUAGUUUUUCAUUUGUUCCGCCAGCGAACCAAAUCACGUCGCCGGCAACUACCCCUUCUCCCAAUCAGAUGUCUCGCAUUCCUGCCACUAUGCCGUCCGUACCUUCGCCAAUGCAUAAUCAUCAAAAUAAUCCACAGAUUGUUGCUAGGCCGCAGCAACAUCAACAUCAGCAACAUAUGGUUGGACGAGGACCACCAAUAAAUUAUCAGCAAUUAACAGGUGAAAUUAAUAGAAUUCAAACUUCGAGAGUAACAAAUCCUACGAGCGGUCCUUCACAAACAACAUAUAAUACGACAAGACCUUAUAUAAGACCGCAGCAAAUGAUAUCUCCAAUACCUGAUUCUCAACGAAUGAUGACGAUCAAUACACAUGGACAUUCGGGAGCGACAGGAUCUCCAACAACUCAACCUAUCCAAUCACCCAUUAUACCUUCUUCACCAUUAACAAAUAACAUUGCGGAAGGAUCAAUGAUUACUACUAUGCAGCCACAAACAAUACAUCAAUCACCAAGAUUACAUCAACAGACUCAAUCACCGGGGUCACAACCACCACCUCAAUCACCACGACAACCCCUAUCACAAUCACCUCGACCUCAUCAUCAUCAAAUACAGCCUUUGCCUCAAUCGCCUCGAACACAACACCCUUCUCAACUGUCUCAAACACAACAGACGCUUCUAAAUUCACAUGUAACCAAUCCUUCGAUGGAAAUUGAUUCCGUGCAAGCGACACCAUCUACAAUUAUUCCAAAACCUAUCACAGAUGGCAUUAGACAAAUUACGCCGAUAGCACCGGCAAACCCAAGUGGCCUUCCAUCACCAUUACCGCAGCAUUUAUCUGUCACAAAUAAAUUACAAAUUCCAGGAGUAAAAAUGCACACCAUACCUAAUUUAGGCAUGAAUUUACCAGAAACGCCAGCGUCUUUGGAACAAGAAGAAAUGGAUAGACAUCCUUUAUCAAAACGCAAAAUUCAACAGCUAGUUGAUCAAAUAGAUCCUAAAGAGAGACUAGAACCAGAAGUGGAGGAUAUGCUAUUAGAAAUAGCGGAUGAAUUCAUCACUUCUGUAAGCUCCUUUGCGUGUCUUUUGGCUAAACAUCGAAAAUCUGAUACUUUAGAGGUUAAAGAUCUUCAACUCCAUUUAGAACGUAAUUGGAAUAUUCGUAUUCCUGGAUUUGCAUCAGAUGAAAUUCGAUCUGUACGGAAAACUAUUGUACCAUCAUCACAUCAGCAAAAAAUGUUGGCGGUAAAUAUCGCAAAAGCAAAUAAGAAUGCAAUGAUUUAUGUCCAAGUCAGUUUGAUUUUAUUUUUGCUUGUAUCGAAAGCUUUAAGCAGUUUCGAUUUCACGAGGCACUUGGGUACAAAAAGCCUAUAUCCUAUAACAUCCAAUACUACACCACCUCUAGAAUCUCCCGAGUCGUGUGUAUUGGUGCAAUUACACUUAGUAGCUCGACAUGGAGCGAGGCUUCCUACCGAAGGUGACAUUAAAAAGUUCGAUAUACUAGAUAAAUUGUUCGCCAAUAUUCCUUUAGCGCAAGACUGGCGAAAUCCAUUUAAUUAUUCGAAAACAGGACUCCUUACAGAUAGAGGCGAACAUGAACUAUACAUGUUAGGGAAAAGAGCUCGUCAACGGUACUAUAAAUUCUGGAAUAAUCUCACAUAUGAUUCUAACGUUGUCGUAUUUCAGAGUUCAGCUGUUUCAAGGUAUUAA